AUGCAGAAGCUAUUAAGCAAGAGCCCUUCUUCACUGGGAAUCACCGGAAGCCCCCCUGUUGUUUUGUCUGCUAAUUCGCCCUUCUCACGAGGGUUUUGCAAAACCCUGAACAAAAAAUUCAAAGCCGUCGCUGACCCGGGUCGCGGAAUUUCUAUUAUGCCGUCCGCCGCCGCCGCCGCCGCCGCCGCUGCUACUUUGAGACUUCACUCUUCCGGUUCUUGUUUCGGGAAUGGAGGCGCCUCCCCCGCCGUUAAGGCCCCUGUGAGUUUUGGGUCGGUUAACGUUGGGAAUAUUGGGAUGGGUCAGUGUAGGAUUUGCAAAUGCUCCAUUAAUGGGAAUACAGGGGUUGUCGGUGUUGGUUCAAUGAGGGCUUGGGUUGUUCUGAAGGAGAAUGUGAGAGGUGGGUCUCGUAAGGCUUGGUUUGGCACGGUGGGAGCAGGGGGUGACAAGGAUGAGGCUGUUGUGGAGGGUGGUGAAGAGGGCUCGGAGGAUAAGGUUGCUCAGGUGAAGGUUCAGCGGAGGCAGAGGCCUACUACUGCAGUUGCCUCGCCGGAGAAGCUGGACUUGCUGACUAUUCCGGGAGUUGGACCAAGGAAUUUACAAAAGUUGGUGCAGAAGGGAUUUUCUGCUCUUGCUGAACUCAAACAGCUUUACAGGGAUAAGUUUUUCGGACAAUCCAGUGAAAAAAUGGUGGAGUAUUUGCAAAGUUCUGUGGGAAUUAUUCACAAAAACCAUGCUGCAAGCAUAACUACAUUUGUUAAAGAGAGUGUAGAUGAGGAGUUGAAGGAAGAUGGUUCUGAAGUUAAGAGAGCUCAAAAGAAGCGUAUUACCUUUUGUGUGGAAGGAAAUAUCAGUGUUGGCAAAUCUACAUUUCUGCAGAGAAUCGCUAAUGAGACUCUGGAGCUUAGAGAUCUUGUGGAAAUUGUUCCUGAGCCGGUUGAUAAAUGGCAGAAUGUUGGUCCUGAUCACUUCAACAUUCUGGAUGCAUUCUACCACGAUCCUAAGAGAUAUGCCUACACCUUUCAGAAUUAUGUGUUCGUGACUAGGAUGAUGCAGGAAAGAGAAUCAUCCGAUGGUAUCAAGCCUCUCAGAUUGAUGGAAAGAAGUGUUUUCAGUGAUAGAAUGGUCUUUGUGAGAGCUGUUCAUGAAGCGAAAUGGAUGAAUGAAAUGGAACUAAACAUCUAUGAUUCAUGGUUUGAUCCUGUGGUGGCUGCCUUACCAGGGCUAAUCCCUGAUGCCUUCAUCUAUCUUAGAGCAAGCCCAGAUACCUGUCACAGACGAAUGGUGUCGCGUAACAGAGAAGAGGAAGGUGGAGUCUCCCUGGAUUAUCUGCGUGAUUUGCACGAGAAGCAUGAGAGUUGGCUGUUUCCAUCAGAAUAUGGAAAUCAUGGUGUUGUGUCUGUUAGCAACCUCCCCCAGCUCGUUUCUCUACCGCCAGAUAUUAAGGAUCGUGUCUUUUACUUGGCGGGUGAUCAUAUGCACCCUAGCAUCCAACAGAUCCCAGCCCUGGUUCUUGACUGUGAGCCAAACGUUGAUUUUAGCAGAGAUGUUGAAGCCAAGAGGCAUUAUGCUCGCCAAGUUGCUGAAUUUUUCAAGUUUGUGAAGAAAACAAGAAAAGACUCCCCUGAGGUUCUGGUACCCCAUGAAGGAAAACUGUGGGUACCAGAUGGAAAACAUUUCCCUGAAUCAGCUCUGAAGUCUUUGGAUUUCAGAAAAGCCAUGUCGUCACUAGGGUCUCCACCAUGA